AUGGACGACAAAUAUUACACUUUGGCUGAAGGCUGCCCUUUUGCUAGCAACAAAACGGCCGUUAUGAUGCGGGGUGGACAAGGUGGUGGGCUCGGAUUGUUGCAGGAUACUCAGCUCAUUGAGACCUUGGCUCAUUUCUCUCGGGAGAGAAUCCCCGAGCGAGUUGUUCAUGCCAAAGCUGUUGGGUCUUAUGGCGAGUUUGAAGCCACGCGCGAUUGCUCUGACUUCACCAGCGCUAGCUUCCUUAAUAAGGUCGGAAAGAAAACAUCGGUGCUUCAGCGCGUGUCAACUGUCGGGGCCGAGUCAGGAUCCGCUGACACCGCUCGCGAUGUUCACGGAUGGGCAAUGAAGUUCUAUACAGACGAGGGAAAUCUCGACUGGGUUUUCAACAACACGCCUGUCUUUUUCAUUCGUGAUCCGAUCAAGUUCCCGUCAAUGAACCGAUCUCACAAGCGGCACCCCCAAACGCACCUUCCUGACCAAAGCAUGUUUUGGGAUUUCCACGUCGGUAACCCGGAAGGCAUACAUCAGCUUAUGGUUCUCUUCAGCGACCGUGGAACUCCAAAAUCGGUUCGCUUCAUGAAUUCGUACAGUGGACAUACAUAUAAGUUCACCAAGGCGGAUGGAUCGUUUAAAUACGCAAAAAUCCACGUCAAAACGCAGCAAGGCGUACAGACUUUCGACCGGCAAGAAGCUACCAAGAUUGCCGGAGAAAAUCCUGAUCAUAUGAUCCAGGACAUGUUUGAGGCUAUCGAUAGAGGCGACUAUCCUGUUUGGAAUGUCUACGUCCAGCUGAUGAGCCCCGAAGAGGCCGAGAAAUACGAAUGGAAUAUUUUCGAUAUGACCAAGGUUUGGUCACACAAGGACUUCCCUUUGCAGCAGAUUGGUCGUCUUACUAUGAACCGCAAUCCCCAAAACUACUUCGCAGAUAUUGAGCAAGCGUCAUUUUCGCCAUCAACGAUGGUUCCUGGACUCGCUGCGUCCGCCGAUCCGGUGCUACAAGCACGACUCUUUGCAUACCCCGACGCGGCCCGUUAUCGACUCGGAGUGAACUAUCAGCAACUCCCAACCAACGCAGCCAAGGUCCAGGUUUAUUGUCCUUUCGAGAGAGACGGAAAGAUGAGAUUCGACGACAACUAUGGCGGGGACCCUAAUUACGUUGGGUCAUCGAUUAAGCCUACCAAGUUCUACCAAGACCUGAAAAAUUCAAACCCUGGAGCAUUGAGCCUACACACUGACCACGAAAGGUGGGCGGGAGAGGUUUCGGCCUAUACUAGCGAGAUCACCGAUCGAGACUUUGUUCAGCCGGCAGAACUGUGGGAAGUUAUUGGGCGGGUGCCUGGUGGCCAGGACAGGCUUAUUGACAAUCUCGUGUCUACCGUCAAGGAUGUUAAGUACCCUGAAUUGCGCAAAAAGGUCUAUAGCCUUUUUAGCCGUGUCAACAAGGAUCUCGGGUUGAAAUUGCAAGAGCGUACCGAAACAACAAUCGGGGUGGCAUGA